AUGCGUACUGCAUAUAGUUUAAAUAGCCGGGAUUCUUUUGGUAGGGUUAUCCUGGCAUUCUACAAGGAGUUUGGGGAAAAAGGAGUUCUGCAGGCAGAGGCUCUAGCAGUAUUAGAGGGGCUCCUUAUAUGUGCGGCAAAGGGGUUACGUGGGAUUCUAGUAGAGGUGGACUCGGCGGUACUCGUAUCGUUAGUCAACUCUUCGGCUCAGGGAGGUUGGUUGUUAUGUAAUGUCCUGCGGCGGAUUCGGCGCCUUUUGGAUCAAGUGGCUAUGUCGUUUACACACAUAUUCCGAGAAGCAAAUGGGGUGGCAGAUAGGCUAGCUGCUCUACAAGGGGGUACCACGCAAGUUUUUGAGUCGCAUCUCCAGCUUCCUAAGGAGGUGCGAGGUUGUAUUGCUAUGGAUGCUGCCCAAAUCCCGUCUUUUAGACUAGUGGCUCAGUAG